UAUUGGACGUAUACAUGAGAUCAGUCAAAAACGUUGUGGAAAAAAUUGUCUAAUGGUAAAAGUAGUAAUAUCUUGUUAUCUCUAGCAGCAUAUAAUAUAAGGUACUGUUAGUAAUAGCAUGGCUGGCAACGACCCUCAGCCAGUUUUGGAGAAAUUAAUGUGAUCUCGUGAACCAGUGAUUCUUGUUGUAAACAAACCCGCCCUCCCAAACCUAUUGGGAAAAAACAUAAUGUGCGAAAGUGGGAGCAUGCAGUAUAGAAACGAGCUAAUCAAAACCAUUCGUGAAAAUGUUCAGAAUUGUGAAAAAAAAUUUGGUGGAAAAACUGUAUUAGCAACAGAGGCUGAGCAGUCAGUAAUAAAAGUAAUAAAUGGCUUUGAACUCAUUCUACAAGAUGGUCUGAAAGUUAAGAAUGGAGUGAAUCUAAAAAGUAUCAACCUAAAUGUGAACAGUUUCAGCCUUAGACAUGUUACAGAAUUAGUAUCAAAUGGAAUAAACAUGGUUAUGAACCCUGUUGGACAAUCAGAUCAAAAUUUACCAGUGUUUUGGCACUUUGUGCGUAACCAUCUAACAAGACAUGAACAAGAAAGAUACUAUCAUAUUCAGAACAUCACUACAGACUAUGGAAGGGGAAGGGCAUGGCUACGUUCAGCUAUUAAUGAACACUCACUUGAUCGCUACCUCAGGAUGCUUUUUUCUGAUGAAAAUCUCAUUUCAAACUAUUAUGAACCUUCAGCUUUAUUGAAUGAUACCUGCUCAAGAGAAUGCCUGCUUACUUCAGCAAAAGAUCUACGCUCUGUGAUAUUUGCUCUAGUAGUUGACCGGAAGGAGUUGGACCUCGUCGAUGAAUCCAAGAAACUGAUGAUACAAAGUCUACGGCCAGAACCCCAAGCAGUUAAGAUGGCAAUUACAGAACAAGAACAGGUUAAACCAAAAAAGAAAUCGAAAGUUCGGGUUGUUGACCUAGAAAGUGAUGGUGAAGUUGAAAAACCAGCAAAAUCGUUUAACACUGCAGCAAUUACCAUUCCACAGAGCGGUAGUACACCAUCCUUAGUAUUUCAACAUACAGGAAGCAGCCCAAGCAUAAAGUCAAUAGACUCACAUGAUGCACAGUUGACCGAAACAAAGCGUUCUACCAUGAACUUAUCAGAAAUGAAGCAAAUGCUUCUUGAUCUCACCGAAAAGAAAAUUCAGUUGGAGGACUCCAAAUCAUCUCUGCAGUUGCAACUGCAUGGCGUGCAGCUUGAGAAGCAGGAUCUUCAGGAUCGUUUGAAAACAGCUGAACAGCAGAAUGUGGAGUUGUCGAGGGAGAAUACUAUUCUUAAGGAACAACUGAAGCACUAUAUGGGCGCUGUUCAGAUGUUAAAGAAUUCUACCAGCAACGCGGUUACCACGUCAACGUCUCUUUCUCUACCUCCCGACUACCACCAAGAAGCUAAUCAUUUUGAAGAAAAACUAAUUCAGGUUGCCGAAAUGCAUGGCGAAUUAAUGGAAUUUAAUUCUCACCUUCAGUGUAGUUUGAAAGCAGCCGAGAGAUUUGCUGAUCGUUUAAGAACCGAGCUAGUUCAUUUACGUGGCCCUUUACCUUCCGAUUAUGCUGCCUGUAACGACGAAAACACCAGCAUCUGUAACCUGGCAUCAUCUACCGAAAGUCCAUGGAUUCAUAUUUGGAUACCUUCAACUUUUCUCGUUCAUGGAACAGUUGAUUCUCAUCAUGUCUACCAGGUUUACAUUCGGAUAGGUGAUACUGAAUGGACCAUUUUCAAGAGAUAUUCUCAAAUAUAUAAAUUUCGUAAGGAAAUGCUGAAGCGAUAUACCUUUACUGCAGACAUUCACUUUCCACCCAAAAAAAAAUUUGGAUAUCGCGAAGAAAAAACUGUGGAAGACCGUCGGCGAAAAUUGCAGGAAUUUCUUCGACGAUUUCUUAAUCUGUGGAUGAGAAAUGAGACAUGUAUGACAACUUUAAAUCAGACCUCCUUUGUUAGUCUAUUUUCUUUUUUUAGUGAGCAACCAAAUUCAACUCCUCGACAUACAUAAACAGGACUCCAUUCCCAUUGAGUCCAUCUGAUGACCAUACGACAUAAGUGUACGCGAGAUUAUCAAAGUUAUUUUAAGUCUAAACACGUUAUUUUGCCCAUGUUUCAACUGAAAGUGUUUGUUAAUUGUCAAGUUGACAAAUGUUGUCGUG